AAGUCAAAGUAAAAAGUACAGUGUGGUAAAACUAAUCGAGAAAGUAAUGUUUUUCCAAGUAUAAUGUAACUUACUACCCACCUCUGCUCUAAGCCAUAUUUCAAGAAUAUAAUUGACUAUUAAGUGGUUAAGUACAUUAGUACGAAAGGGUUUCUAAGAAAUGGAAACAAAACGGACAGAAAUUGGCAGGAGUGAUGAAAUGACCCUGAGGCCAGGGGGAAGUUUGUUUUGAUUUUAUGUCACAACAACCUGCCAUACACAGCCUGCUCUCCUCGAGGUGCGCACGAGGGUAGGUGUGUCUCAUAAAUAAAUGAGUGAUCUAGCCAAAUCCGCGGCUACGCCCCUCUCGCCUGUUCCGCGAGGCGUGACGUCACGUGAACUGCCCGUGUCCGUUCCAGCUGAGCGCGAGAGGCAGAGGACGAUCGGACGUGGACGUCGCGCGGCCCCAACGCAGAUCCCAGCCCGUGCGCCCGUGACUGCAUCCACCGGAUGAGGAAAAAAAAAACAGUAGAGACAGAAAGAAGAAACGAGCCGCCCUCCUCCUCCUCCUCCGCCUGCUCCUCCUCCUCCCCCCCGCUGACGGACAGCAGAGCGCCACAGCAGAGAGGACAAGCAGCAACACAACUUGUCAUCUGACCAACACAGAGCUAUUCCUUUGACCGCUGCUGCUUCUUGUUUGUUUUUCUACAUGCACUCUUUUCCUACGAGGUUAUUCUUGCUGUAACGGCGGAAGGAUUUUUGUUGUUGUUGUUGUUGUUUGGUUUUUGUUUUGGGAUUUAUUUAUUUUUUCCGAGUCCAGGACGAGAAAUUCGGGAUACCGCUUCGCAGUUUUUAAUAACAUCCAAUAACAAUGGAGUACUUUGAAGAGAAUUUUUAUACAAGGAAAUAAGGAUCUCUAUAGCAACAACUGCAAGCCCGCCAGUAUACUUGUCCUAUUGGUAGGUUCUCUGGUCAGAUUGCCUCAGUACUUCAGGUGCAACCCCCCCUCCCUUCCCUCCAGUCCAGGAUGUCCAGGCAACUCUCCCAGCUUCCGACCCCUGACCUGCCAGCUGGUGCAAGCCCACACUUUGGGAGUUGUACUCAGCCUGCAGGCUCCCUCACUGGGGGCCACGUUAACUCCAUAGCCGGUUUAAAGUCCCUCCUGCAGCAACCCAUGAAGGGAGACCACCGGCUGAAGAAUCCUUGUGACUCAAAAGACAAAGACAGGCUGGACCUAGACGAGGAUUCUUUGGGAGUGUGCUCCAUGAGGAAUGGCAAUGGGAUAGUCAGCAACAACAGCAGUAACAGCUGUGGAGGUGGCAGUGCUGGAGGAAAUGGCGGCUCGGGCUUCAACCAGUUCCUGGGACCUCUCAUGUGGGAUCGCACCCUGCCGGCAGACGGCGGGCUCUUUCAGCUCCAGUACAUGGACUUGGAGGAGUUUCUGACCGAGAACGGAAUGGGGAGCAUGCACAACAACAACAGCUCCAGCUCGGCCCAGAUCCCCUCACAGAGCUCCCAGUCGGCCGUGCCCAACCAGAGCUCCCAGUGCCUACCGCCCUCAUCGCCGCCUGGAUCUUUGUCCUCAUCACCCUCUUCCUCGUCUUCGCCAUCUCUCAUUGGCCUGGAGGUGGCCCAGCCGCAGAGUCAAGGAGGAGGAAGCGACUGUCUACAUGGUGGUCAGACGAGUAUGAACGAUUCCUGCGAAUCACCUUCUUCCUCCUCUUCCUCGUCCUGUCCUCCUUUGCUGACGCCCACGGGAAGCGGACCGGAUGCGAUUGGAAUGUUUGAGAUGGAUCAGUCAGACAUGGCCAUGUCCAGCACCUCUGGAGAGCAAGACUUUGACCCCAGAAGGCAUUCCUUCAGCGAGGAAGAGCUGAAACCACAGCCUAUGAUCAAAAAGGCACGCAAGAUCCUGGUGCCUGAUAACAUGAAGGACGAGAAGUACUGGACCAGGAGGUACAAAAACAAUGAGGCGGCAAAGCGUUCCCGGGACGCUCGCCGCCUGAAGGAGAACCAGAUUUCGGUGCGGGCCGCCUACCUGGAACGAGAGAACGCCGCCCUCCGACAGGAAGUGGCUGAGAUGCGGAAAGAACUGGGCCGCUGCCGCAACAUCCUUAGUAAAUACGAGAACCGUCUGGGCGACCAGUGAUGGAGGAAAAAUCAGGAAGAGGAGACAAAUGAAACUUGAGACUCCAAAUUACCGGGAUGGUUUGACGGACUCAAUGAGUUGAAAAUCAUAAAGAGAAGGACACUGACGAUUAAAACGAUGAAUGUAUAAGUCAAGGAAAAGGGUUGUGUACUGAAGCUCAGGUGUCUUGUUUUGUUGAGCUAUUAAAAGUGAUUGAUGGAGAGAGAGAGUAAUUUAACUGAUUAAAAAAAAGAUGUGACUUUUAA